AUGUCGGCAGAACAUUCCACGAACCUCAACCUGCCGGGCGGCUAUUCUCCUGUUGCGAAAGAAGAAAGCGCGCAUGAGGGUGGCCACAGUCCUCGCUCACUUUGGGCGCCUUUUUUUCUGCGGCGCCUGACCAUGAUAAUCUUUUUGAUUGGCUUUUUGUCAUGCUUAGCUGCACUAAUCGCGCUGUAUUUAUACACUCAGAGACAAAAUCACAGUCUGGGGAUCAAGACAGACGGGGAUAGAUAUUACUAUCUCUGGACAUAUGGACCAACCGCAGUGUUUACAAUUCUCACAGCUGGUUGGACGCAAGUCGAAUACCGUGCUGUCCAGUUGAUGCCAUGGGAUUUGAUGCUCCGUGGCCCCACCCCAGCUUCACAGAGCAUCUUCCUCGACUACCUAUCAAAAAUGAACGUUGUAGCACUAUAUCAAUCACUCAAGCAGAAACACUUUCUGGUAUCUCUCUCCAUUGCGGGAUCGCUCAUUCUCAACGGCAUCACGGUAUUUUCAACCGGUCUCUUCGAGCUGGACGCAGCACUGAUCCCUCGUCCUGUGAACCUGACGGUGCCUAACAAGUUUAGCGGGGCCGAUUAUGACCCCGAUAUGAUUGACGCCAAGCCCAUCGUUUCCUGCAUGGCAUUCUCGGCCCACAAUAUGACUCGCCCAGUUGGUAUCUACGAGACCUACGUGUACACCCCUUUUGAACCAGUCAACUCAUAUUCAAUGGGGAAUGACACCAUUCCCACGGAUCGAGACUAUCAGGCAGAUGUAGAAGUCAUCGAGCUCUCCUUUGAUUGCCAGAAAGCGACUACCUCUUUUGAGCCAUCCUCUGUGGAUCAAUUCACUGGAGACACCCCGGUAUACAAAACCCCCGACGGAUGUCGUUUUCAACAAACCAAGUACGCGCCGAGUGCGAUGUAUGAAAUAGACACCAAGUUCGGUAUUGACAUUGACCUCAGAGGAUGUCAAGGCGAAAAGUUGAACGGCACUGGGCCCAGCUAUCUCGGGCCGUAUUCGAGCAACUGGGACGCCGAUUGGCGUAUUUGGGCGGCUAUUGCCCCAUCAGUAGGGUUCGAAAUGAAAAACACCAUGAACUACACCGGGUGGGCGAAACGUCCAAUUCAUGUUACUGUGUGCAAGCCCCACUAUACCAGAUACCGGGGCCCGGUGAGGAUAUGGCGUGAGGCUGGAGAGAAUGCCAUUUCGGUAGAUAUCCGACGGGAGAGCUUGACUGUCAUAGAGGGAAUUGCCGGCGUACAGGCAUCAAAGCUUAUGUACAGUGGUUGGAAAUCAGCGUCAGGUGGAUACUUGCCGAGCGAAAAUGCGCCAGGAACCGAGUUUACCUUUGCAGCAAAUGGCACUUCGCGGGAUGAUCUUUGGGCAGAUAUGGCGGCAUUUACUGACGCCAUAACUGAUUCGCUAUCGUGUCUCAUGCAGCAGACUGUGAAUAACAAGCUUAUGCGACAUGAGCCGCAUCAAGUUGAAGGAACAGAGCGAUUGAUUGAAGACCGAAUAUUUGUGCGUCAAAUGUCGUUUUGGCUGAUGGCAGUCCUGUUGGUCAUGUUAAUCGCUAUUGUCGUCAUUCUUCUAUGCUUCUUUGUUCCAGUUGCUGUGUGCCCACGAGACACAGGGUCUAUUGGAGGAGUCGCUACUAUCCUUUCCCAAAGCCCAGAGUUUAUGGGCGCAUUUGGUGGAUCACAGUUCAAGUCAGAAGAGAAAAUGGCGGAGUCCAGACUAGGCCAGACACAGUACAGUACCUUGACUGAUACGAAGGGAGCUUUCAUGCUUCUUCCACAGGAUCAACCCAUAUCCCAUCCUCUCGAGUCUAGUAACGGCGAGGACUCUUCUUCACCUACCUGGUGGCAGCCAUUUUCAUCCACUUGGUUUCUUCGGAUUACUGUCGUUAUCCUUCCUAUCGCCGUGAUCAUUGGCCUAGAAGUUGUCUACCACAUCUCUACCAGUGGAGCUGGGAUAACCCCAGUCGAUGGGAAGUCACCAUAUAUCCACUACAUCUGGACCUAUGUCCCGGCAUUAAUCAUGUUUAUCAUUCGUUGUCUUUUUACAUCUGUCGAGUUUAACACACGUAUUAUUCAGCCCUAUUCUCGUCUCCGCCAGGGCCUUGCUCCCCCAGAAACAUCAAUCCUCGAGAACCAGCUACGCAAGAUCGCCCCCUUCGCUGUGUUUGACACACUACGAAAAAGACAGUGGGCGCUAACUGCAGCCACAAUAUCCCUCCUUCUCGCGGCCAUCAACCCCAUCGUUGUAUCAGGCCUUUUUACUACCAAAGCCUCUGGGCUCGCAUCCCCUAUGAAUCUCACGCAGAUCAGCCGCUGGAACCUAGGAGACCCUACCAUUGAAAAUGUCCUAAUGCAACGUCAGGCGCAGCAACAAGGCUCUCAAGUUGACCCUACAGCCGGUCUCUUACUCAACCUGAAUCUCUCUUAUCCCCAAUGGACAUAUCACAAUUUGGUCUUCCCCCAAUUCGCACUCGCCACCACGGAACACCUACCACCGGACACGGGAUUCAUCAAUGCCCGAAUUCCCGCCCUCCGCAGCCGAUUGACUUGCGCACCGGACCCGGCAAACGGCGGUAGCUGCAAGGUCAAAAGGGGAAGAUGGGCAUGCGAGAUUGACUCCCCUUGCUUCCCUCCUAUCGGUGGCGAGGACCUUGAAUCUGAUAUCGAGUAUUUUCUGACAGACUCCAGCCCACGGUCUGGCAAUAUACCUUCGAACUGCUCCACGCACGCUAUUAUGUAUGGAAAAAAAGAUCCAGGCAAUAGCCCCCAUGGUGCCCCCAGCAUCUACCAUUAUAUCUACUGUAACGCUACCAUCGAAGAGGUAGAAGUUGAUACAAAAUUCCAGCUUCCGUCGUUUUCAAUUGACUCCGACACCCCACCUACGGUAGUUGAAGGCUCGGCUCGGACACCAUUCAAAAUAAACAAAGAAACAUUACCCGCAAUCUCACGACUAAGCUCGUACCUCUUUGUAUCCGAUCCCAGGUUCAGAGACUCGGUCCUCGAUGCGAUUACAAACGGCAUCAAUGGCGUCCCGUUAGAUGAGCUUCUCGACUCGAAGAAAUUGAUUAACCGUGUCAACGAGGUUUGGGGCAUCAUCAUGGCCCAAUUACUCAACACCGCUGCGAGGGACUCUUUCAACGAUCCGUUCAACGCGACAUACUUUGUUGAGCCCGCCACCAUGAAAGCACCUAUCUACACUGGAAUCUUCCACGACAGACGAAAGUAUCUCGUCCAAAGCGAGAUCUCAACUCGAAUCCUAGACGGCGUGCUCGGCAGCAUGGUUGUGUGCGCGCUGAUAGCGCUGUAUGUGAUGCGUACCAAGAAGGUCCUUCCUAAGAGUCCGACUAGCAUUGCUUCUGUCGCCAGUUUCCUCUAUGGCUCGCGUAUGCUGAGCUCUGCCAUCCCUAAUGGCUCGGAAUGGUGCAGUGAUGAGGAUCUGAAAACACGGAGAGUGUUUGAGGGACGCACGUUCUCAAUGGGUUGGUGGGCGGUGGAGAGACAGAGGAAUCGGAGUCAGUCUGAUGUUUCGAGUGUUUCUGCUGAUGAGACGCGGGAACGCAGUGGGUCUGAUGAAGGUCAAAACUUUCUUGGCGAGCAUAACGGUCGUAAGGAGACUAGAUUCGGGAUUGAUGUUGAUAUUGCGGAUAGACCGUUGUUGCGCAAUGCUUCCCCUAUUUAA